AUGCGCAGGGCAGAAUACACCAUCACCCGACUGUCCUCCUGCCGUCGGCCUGCAGAGGGGAAGGGAGCACCCCAUUUUCCUCCCCAUCGUAUCAUCCCGGGCUCCCUUUAUUCCCAAGUCUCCGGCCGCCGGCCGCCGGCCACCCCCCGCCCCCCAACCCUUCCCCACGCCCACUCACCCAGCCACCAGGAUGAUGACCCGGAGCGGGUCCCCGGCCACCGUGACCAGAAAAAGCGAGAAGGCCGGGCCGAACGCCACGAAAAAGCGAGUAUGGAUGUUCUACUUGUAGUCAUAGCUGCUGUGCCGCUCAUCUUGGGACAAGAAUAUGAGGAAGAACAAAUAUAUGAAGAAAUAUAUGAAGAUUAUCCGGUGGUCUAUUAUACAGUCACUCCUUAUUAUGAGGACUUGGGAGUCAAUUUUACCCUUGACUAUUCUCUAUUUGAGGCAGAGGAUAGAAUGAACUUUGAGAAAGAGACUACAACUGAAGCAGGAGACAGGAAGGUUAGUCCUGAGAAAGAACUUCCAGACAACAGUACACAGACAACAACCGGAAAAGAGACAUUAUAUACAAAGAACUGGGGCCAAGAAGGAAAAAAAGAUGAACCCAUCAUCAGCAAAGGAUCUACCACAGAGCAUCACCUUCCACUCCUCCUUCUGCCCUGGGUUGUGCUGAGGUGGAUAUUGCUACCUUAGAAGGAGAGAGAAGGCUGCCAUGACUUCUUUGAAAAGGGGUCGGGGGAGGGGGAAGAAACUGGAAGAGGAAAUAAAGAAUAACA